UCCUGGCCGGAGAGUAAAGCCGGCAAAGAAGAGUGUGAGGACUCGGAGGUAAACGAAGGGAGAGCUCCCCUUCUCCUCCUCCUUCGCCUCCUGCUCCAUGGUGCGCUUCCAGAGCGGAGGGGAAGGCGCCGCCGCUGAACCAGAGCGAUGGGAGCUGGCAGAGGGGCUCCACUCAGGGGCCCAGGAGGAGGAGGAAGAGGAGCAACAGGAGCCAUGCCUAGACCCCGACGUGGAGGCGGAGAGGGAGAAGGAGAAGGCGAAGGCGGGUGGCAGUGCCCAGGAGCCAGGAGGAAGCCUCGGCUGCCCUUCAUGCUGCUGCUGCCCCCGAGGGGGCUUCUCCUGGAGAGUCCCGCCUGGUGGGUGAGGAGGAAGGAAGGAAGGAAGGAAGGAAGGCAGCCCCUGGCUGUUGGAAUAAAGAAGAAACGUUCCUGCCCAGGUCUUGGACUGUUCUAUACCCUCCUGUCAGCCUUUCUUUUCUCUGUGGCUUCUUUAUUUCUGAAGAAAAUUGAAGAUUUACAUUCAGUGGAAGUCAGUGCCUUUAGAUGUAUUUUCCAAAUGAUGUUUGUUCUUCCUGGUUUAAUAUACUACAAAACAGGAUUUUUGGGACCAAAAGACAAACGAAUGUUUCUUUUUUUCCGAGGAUUGCUUGGUUCUGGUGCAAUGAUUCUUCUUUAUUAUGCUUUCCAAGUGAUGCCUCUCGCUGAUGCUACUGUCAUUACUUUCAGUAGUCCAGUUUUUACAUCAUUAUUUGCCUGGAUAUUUCUCAAGGAGAAAUAUAGUCUUUGGGAUCUUCUGUUCACCAUCUUUACAAUCACUGGAGUGGUUCUUAUUGCAAGACCACCUUUUCUGUUUGGAUCCAAAGUUUCGGGAAUUGAAGGAAGCUACACAGAUCAUAUCAAAGGGACAAUAGCAGCAGUUACAAGUGCAGUAGCUGCUGCUUCAACUUUUGUUAUACUAAGAAAGAUAGAGCAAAAGCCAUAUUGGCUCCUUCAAUACUUUACCUGCUACAAUUCAAGCAAAGAAGGACAGUGGGUGAUAAUCCCAUGAUGUCUGCCUACAGAACACACUGUCAGUGGAAUUUACUCUGCCUCCCCCAUACGGCCUCCUGAUCAUACUUCAAAAUCUGCUCUGGAGCCUCCUGAAUAGAUUGAAGAAAUGCAGUGUGAGGGAGGAUAGGGAGGAGGGAUCUCAUGUUGUGAGCAGACAUCUGGUUGUAUCCAUCUUUGAAUGGAACCCAGUGAAUUUAUGUGCAAGUGGUCAUUCUUCUCAAUGCAACUUUGUUUAAUACUAUGCAAAGUGUUCUUAAUAUGUGCUUAUUAUGCUAUGCAAUAAUAAUGCUGCGGUCCCCAUCUGGCCUCUGGAGAAUGCAAAAAGGAGCUGCAAAAAGUGGCUCCUUUUUGCGCCCUACAAGGGAUGCCAUAGUCAUGGUGGCACAGUUUUAUGAUGCCCCUUUGGGGCUGCAUCAUGUGGAUGCAGCACCGGAGGAGCGUCAUGAUGGUAUGCACCGUACAGACCAGCGUGCACCAAAAUGGCACCCUGGGGCAGGGUUAGGGUGUCCAGCAAGCAGACACUGCACCCUAACUCUUCCAACAGACAGGCACAAAGUGCCCGUCUGUAUUGGGCCUGAGUCUUCUUUUUUAAUCAGAAAGCUUGUUCUAUUGUCCUGUUGGUUGUAUACAUUUGAUUGUGUACUGUUUUAUAUUUAGGAAGACAGCAUAUAUAUUCAUAACUUGGUCAGUGAACCCAUAGAUCUUAUUAAAAAUGAACAGUAUUAUUAUAUUUUUAUUGCUCCUUACUGUUUCUUCAACUGCACUAACAUUUUCUAUUUAUGUGGUCCCAGACAAGUUACUAUAGCUAGGCUACCUGGGUGUAUUUGUCACCGCUUAAAAGAAUGGUGCAGAAGAUUUCAUCUGUCAGCAGCUGUAUUUAUAAAAGCAAACACACCCCACAACUUUGUUAUCAUGUCGUUUGCUGCUAAUGGUCCUGUGCCAUUUCUGUUUUAAUACUACAGAAAGAAUAUACUACGAGAACAUCAAAAUGAGAAACUUAGGCUGAAAACAGAUGGCCUUAAAGGGGUGGUGCCAUGCCGCUCCUUUGUGCGCUGGAUUGGCGCCAUGGCAACUGCACACCGCGGCCCCAAUCUGACCUUUUCCUGGUGCCGGGGAAAGGGCGCCCAUUUUGUGCCGAGGAAAGGGCAUCCCUUUCACCGCUGCCACAGCUCUUCUCCACUCCUACGUUGUGUGCGUCUGGUCACUGCACAUGAGUGUUCCCAUGCUACCCACAGGGCAGUGUGAGGCCAGAUUGGGGUUGGAGUUGAGGCGUGUGGCAUGCAUUCGCCACAGUCCCACACCAUCCCCAAGCAGGCUAUUAUUGCUGGUCUGUUUUGACCCUUAGUGAUUUCAUAUGUCAACAUCAAAUUUCCUUUUCUGCGCCUUAUUAGAAACUAGGAAGUAUUAGAACACUUUCUUUUGGGCUUUUGAAAGAAAAAUGCAGGCAGAGUGCAGCAAUGUAAAAAUUUUUACAGUUUGUCUCAUUAACGUCCUGUGAAUCUCACCAGCAUUUUUUUCCCUUUCUAGUUCUGAGUUAGGUAGCAAGAUUUACAACUAGCAUCUCACACUGACAUUUACACAUUUUAACACAUCAUUCCUAAUUCACAUAACUUUUCCCCAGUCACUAAAUCCUGUUUGUAUGUAUUUAUGCAUUUUACUCAUUUGCAUUUUAAAAUAUACACUUUUAUGUGUGCAAUAUUUCUUAGAAGUGCCCUGCAAGCCAGAAUGAAGUGCCUAUUUUCUCACCUGCAAAAAUACUACUUUUUUCAAGGCUGUUGAAUCCAGUUAUUUUUUCCUCAUCCCAAGAAGAAUUAGUAACUUCCAAAAGAAAUUGAGUAUGUCAUUAUACUUAAACAACUGCCACCUGCCUGAGAUCAGAACAAUUUACAGCGUAAAUUUACAGCGCUUUAUAAAGGUUAAUAAUAAUAAUAAUAAUAACAUGACUGUGGUUAACGUACAUAUAAUUAUGCAUAUGAAUUAAUUAAUCCAUUCAUAUUCAGGGAGCAAAAUCUAUUUUCUUGUGCAUGCCUUGGCCAUACAUUAGAAAGUUUGUAGUAGGAGUGUGCUGUGUUCAGAAACAGGAAAGUGUUGUUGGUUUAUAACAAUAAAUAUUUUCAUCUUAUGGUCUGGAGCCAGCAAAAUCAAAGCACUGGAACUUUGAGGAAGGACAAGCAUUGUCUCAAUCAGCCAGGCUCCCCAUGCUGCUACAUGACAAAUUUCCUCUGCCCCCCCCCCCAAAAAAAAUUCUGUACUGCAAUGCAGUGCAUGAGCUUAAACAAUGUAUUAGGAUCUCAUCAGCACCCCUUGUUUAAUGUGUCACAACCUCUUGUUUUCAUAGAUGCUAUUUCACAUUUGCUGUCUCCCAAUUCCAUGAGCUGUAAAGAAGUUCAGGAGCAGCAACUAGAAGUCCUAUUGUCUUUUGGAUGAGAAAGCACCAGAGACUGGCUGCCUUAUCUCAUUAAAAACAAACCAGCAACCAGGGAGAAGCAUGUUUAUUUUUCUGUCUCCGCAUGAUGUUGAAACACAUUCAUUCUUUUUCAGUCAUCAAAGCAUAGAAGUGAAUGGUAAAAACAGCCCUUUUACUGAACAGGUUUUUAUAGCUUGGCAAAAGGGACAAUUUUAUGACAUAUUUAUGACUAUCUCCCACAUUUUUACAGCUGGAAGAGAACGGAAGUGCUUCAGCAUCAUGCAGAGACUGAAAAGCAAACAUGCUUCUAUCCAUUUGCCUGACAGGUUUGUUUUUAAUGCAAUAAGGCUAUUAGAGUCUUUAGCAAUCUGUGCUUUAUUUGAAGAGGUGAACAAGCAGAGCAUAUUAGAAGCAACCAAAAGAAAAAAAAAUGGUUUUUUGUGGGUUUUUCGGGCUAUGUGGCCAUGUUCUAGAA